AUGGCGCCGUUCAUCUUCCCAAGAGGAGACUCUGAUUCUUCGAUCCAUCCUGGAAUUUACGUUCUGGCUACCUUGGCAGUCGUCGUCCCAAUUGGAAUCCUCCUCAUCUACCGCCGACGCAUUUGGCUCUCACCGCUCUGGAAGCCCAUUUCAUACAAACUUGGCAAGCGAAGAUACGAAGCUGACAAACGCAAAGCUGAACAAGGUUGGGUUGAUAUCAAACCAUCAAUGGUGCAGCGACCGACUCAACCUCGGGAGACCAGACAAGUUCGCGCUCAGUAUCAAGAAAGCCCUGGGGGUGCAGUCAUCCCAACGUUGAACUAUCAGCAACCCCCAGCUCUUGAGCGCUCUCUUUAUUCUGCCCAGCCAAUGCAGCGAAGCUCGCCGGACAACCGUUACGCUGUAUCUCACGCUCCUGUCCUGACACCGAUGCCCCCUCCACCUCCCUACAGCGCACCGCAUAUCGCGCCUCCGCCAGCAGCAGCAGCUCGAUAUCCAUCUCGUCACGCGCCCCGAGCUCCUUCCAAGAGGGCCGACACUCCUAGGCUGAAGAAGGAUGAUCCUCGAGUCAACCCUUUCUACCCUGAUUGCGUCAACCAGCAGGCUGACUCAGGCAGUCGCUUUGUGGAACAUAGUAUUCGCGCUGUCCCGGGAAGGCGUCUCAACUAG